CUCCGCCAGGCAGUAUCCGCAUCCGCCGGAAACUCUGAAAACCGCGGAAAUUUCAGGCGGCAGUUUUAGCGAGUUUGGCUUUAGGCUCGGCGCUUUUCUAUUUUUUCCAAAGAGGUAGCGGAUUGAGUCAACCGAUCGACAGGAUAACAUUUAAUACUUCCUUAUUAAGGGUCUCGAACUGUCCCACUUCGUGCCUGCGGACGGGACACCAGUCCAGAAGAUUACAAAACAACAGUCUUUCCAGCCGUAUCCAACAAAUGCACGCUGCUCCCAUCUUGCAUCCCGCGGUAAAAACAUAGAGCUAGUCUUCCGGACUACUCAGAUAAAUCAAACAUGCGCCGUCGUGUCGCUGAAGUUCAAGUCUCUGACAAGGAACCGAACCCCGUGCGGGUUGUGUUGCUCCCAAAAAGCUUGGUGCCAGAGGAGGACGAGAAACGGCAUGCUGUGAUAUCGCUGCCCCAUCCAAAAACAGGUGCACCUGCACUCUUCGUGAGAAGCGAUGCGGGGCAGUAUUUUGAGAUGACGAAGUUCAAGGAGAAGUUUAGGUCGUGGUUUCUUGGUGACACCGUCGAGUCCGAUGGUUCGUUGUACAUUGUGACACCAAUGGAUCCAUUAUUUUUUGCACUGGCACUUAUGCAAAAGAGCAACAAGUUUCGUCCGUUGGAAGAUUUUGCCGAGGGCAACGAGUUCCCCACGUUAUCAAAUGUGCUGAAGGGCUGUGAAGAAUGCAUCCAGCACAUCGCAGAUGUGAAAGUUUUGGGAAACGACAAAGUGUACCGCCACAACGAAGCCAAGGCCCUCGUCUGGCUGGAAAAGAAGGUGUCGGCGGUGUCAGGAGUUCUCAAGGCACGGGACAUCACCGUGGGGGCCUCCUGCAAGAGCUCCGCCUUGGUCAGGAGCAAGAAGGACAGCCGCCCCACCGAACAGGACUAUGUUGCGACUGCCUACUCUAUUGUGGCCGACUACAUCUUGCCCGAGUUGAGUGCUCAGCUCAAGUCAUCCCUAAAGCUGGACUUGAAGACUGAAAGGAUCGUUGAAAAGACACCAGAAGCACCACCAGCAAAAAAAUUGAAAGGCGCUGACAGCGUGCAGCCGGUGGAAGACUACAGCAAAGGCAUUCUGAAGAAUGUGAAGGGAGCUGCUACGCCCAAGUUGACUGCAGGCCAGAAGAAACUUCAAAAGGUUGACAAGACUGGCAUGAAAAGCAUCUCCAGUUUCUUUGCAAAGAAAGGAAGCUAGAAUCUCAUUCUCCCCUACGGCUGCAUUGUCAAGACUCCUCGCAUUACCUAGUAUAGUAUGUUUAUCAUCUGUUGCAAAUUGUGUUUUGAACUACUACUUAACUGCAACUCAGAAAUGCAUAUUAUUCCACUCAAAACAAUUUUUGAGCUUGUGAAACAAGCAUUUGUGAUGGCUUUGGGCCAUUGUUUAAUAAAGCAUCUUUACAUUAUGGA